AUGAUUGUCAGGCUGCGACUACGGAUGCCUCCGCUUCCGCUGCUACCGGGGUUGAGGCUGAGGCUGAAGUUGAGGGUGAGAUUCAACUCCCAAAUCAGAACUAAAUUCACUGCGCAGACCCAUGGCAUGGAGAUCCAACCACAACCGCAACAUGGCGAGUCUUCCCAUUCAAUUACACAGCAACAGCAGCUGCUGCUGCUGCUUCUCGACGAGGAACAAGCAAAGUAUGCCAACCACGUGUUCCAAUGGAUGAUGUCAUCCAAGCAUCCUUACCUGCAAGUCUAUGAAUUUGCGUGUUCACACUAUCGCCAUUUGACCGCCGAGCUACUCGUCACUUUCACGUACAACCUACUACUAUCUGGCCAUUUGAAGCCAGCGAUAUCACUCCAGCAUUUGCUCAAAGACCAUCCAAACUACCAGAUACCAAAUCAACUAUGGACCCUAAUUAUAGCCCGCGUCUGCUCACGAGCAGACCAUCUCGGCGCCGUGUUUAUAUACCACGAGCUCAUAGACAAUUACCAAUUCUACGAUGAAGUAAGCGUCGGCGUACAGGACAACCACUUGAUUUCGUUCUUGGUGAGCGAGUCGAUAUUGCAGCAGCUAGGCAUAAUAUUGGCCAACAACUCAGAGUACGCAAAGUUGACGGGGAUAUUGCGAUAUUUUCGAAGGUUCUACUCCUUUGCAUUCCAGGAGGAGACGUACCGAUCCUUGCUCAUCUUGGUCGUUGAAGCGUAUGCGCAAGCGGGACUCUUUAAGGAGGCAAUGAACGCUUUCAACUCCUUGGCGCACGCGUGCAUGGAGUACCGGUUCCCGCUCCGGAUCCGGCCCCACGAGUUCCACGCGAUACUUUCAGACCACGUCAAACGACGCGAGAAGAACAUCGCGGAGAACCAGGAGAAGCUCGAGUUUGAACCGAAGCAAACGUUGGACAUCCACCAAAGCUUGCUCUGCCAGAUAUGCCACAGCGACAUUUACAACCCCGUUAUCUUUCGAAAUAGCUAUGCGUCCCUGAGGUCGGACCACAACCCGGUGAUUGUGAGGUCGAUUGCAGGAUCGGACUUGCCAAAGUUCACCGAGUUGAUCACGGAGCAUUUCGAGAGUAAUUGGGCGACAGUCUACGACGGAGACGUGGACAGAAUUCUCCAUUCCAUAAAUGGCAUCCACCCCGCGAUCAGCACGUUUGUGGUGUCUACACUAUGCCGCUUACGCCAUCCAAGCCUCGCGUUUGACUUGAUGAAAGCGUUGGGCAAUAAAACGACAAGACGAAUGGCAUCACGGAACCAAAACUUUAUCACAGUUUUGCGCUCCAUCUCUGGCUUGAACCAGCAAGCAGACCACUCCUUGGCUAGAGCCGUAGUUGACUAUCACGCAAAGGUGCGCAAGGGCCAUACGAACUUGGAGGUGUUGAAGACUUUUAUCGUGUUUCUCCUUCGGUCGCCAGAGACGACGGCAAGUGAGCUCGAGCGCAAUUUGCGUAAGUUGCAAACGUACAGAGGAGACUUGACCAUCCGGGUGAGCAGGGGCCAGUAUGAGAAAUUCCGAAAGUUGAUCAAGGCCGACACAUUCAACGAAGUGAUGAUUCUCGAUCCUGAUCUAUAG